GUUCUUGUACAACCAUCAAACCCACCCCUUAGGUUUAAAGUUUUAACUUUUUACCCUUAUAUUCAGGAAAAUUCCCGAAUCCUGUCGGCGGAGAAGCAGUGGGCUGACUGAGACAUAGCAAGCAAUCGCCGGAAAACGCAGAAGUGGUUGAGAUAUCACAAGUAGUCGCCGGAAAAAGGAGAAGUGGCUGAGAUAUCACAAGCAGUCGCCGGAAAACGCAGAAUUGAAACAUCUAGCUACAUGUCAUCCUACGAGGAUCCUGUGGAGGUUGACAGUUCUGCUGAAUGUAAUGGAGAUACACGUAGUACCAAUAAAAAUGAACUUCACCUUUAUCCUGUUUCUGCCAAUGAUUCAGGCGAAGGUUUACCAUAUGCUCCUGCAGAUUGGCCGAACCCAGGUGAUAAAUGGGCCUGGAAGGUGGGGAAAAGAAUUGCAUCUGCUGGCUACUUUCUUGAUAGAUAUCUGUAUCUUCCAAACCGUCUUCGUGGAAAGCGAGGUGUUUUCGCAAGUAGGCUUUCGGUUGAACAAUAUGUCAGGUCUGAGUUUCCAAGCACAGAUAUCAAUGAAUUCUUUGCCUCAUUUAGUUGGAAGAUUCCCUCAAAACUAUUAAAAGGUGACUGGUAUGCUCAGCUCAAAUCUUCAGGCAUGAAAUCUGUUUCUCAUUUAGGAACCAUUAGGUGUAAGGCUGGUAAUAGCUUGUGUGCGAGUGCGAGUUUAAUAGAAGCAGGGAAUCCUAGUCCAGAGACCAUGAUUUGUGACAUAUGUUGCAGUGAGCCUGGUUUUUGCCGAGAUUGCUGUUGUAUUCUUUGUUGUAAAACUAUUAGUUCUGCUUAUGGUGGGUAUAGUUACAUUAGGUGCGAAGCAACAGCUGAUGAUGGUUACAUUUGUGGACACAUAGCCCAUAUAGACUGUGCUCUACGAGCUUAUAUGGCUGGGACAGUUGGAGGAAGCAUUGGCUUGGAUGCGGAAUAUUUUUGUCGGCGCUGUGAUUCAAGGACUGAAUUGGUCUCGCAUGUCAUGAAGCUUCUAAAAAUUUGUGGAUCAAUUGAUUCUCGAGAUGAUGUCGAGAAGAUUUUGAAUGUUGGCUUUUGCAUUAUACGUGGCUCACGGAGAACAAAUGCAAAACAGUUGCUGCGUCACAUUAAAUCGGCCAUGGCAAAGCUUCAGAAGGGUGCCUGCAUUGAAGAUGUGUUCAAAGAAGUAGAAUUCUUGGACGCCAAUGGUGAAACUGCUUAGGUAUCUGGAGUAAGCUUCUAAGAAUUAAGCAGGAAAUCAAACUUGAGUCUCCCAUUUAUUAGCAAAACCAACUGUACGAAUGAACAUCAAGCACUGAUUAUAUUAAGAUUUUUCAUUGUAAUAAAGAGAGUAUGGUUCCAGCAAGGAGAUCCGCUAUUUCAAUGGUAACCAUGAAUGAACUUCAUCAAGAAAAGUAAGGGUUAUGCCACCUCUCAAGGCCUUAGGCUCAAUUAUUUUUGAUUAGCUAAAGAAUAUAGUGAUGUUGUAUUAGUGAAUUACAAGAGUAAAUGGGAGGCACAAUGUUGUCUACGACAUCAUAGAAUUGAACUUUCCUCCAUUAAUAUGAUGCAUUGUGGGUUUUUGUGGUUCUCAGGUGAAACUGCUUAGGUAUCUGGAGUAAGCUUCUAAGAAUUAAGCAGGAAAUCAACCUUGAGUCUCCCAUUUAUUAGCAAAACCAACUGUACGAAUGAACAUCAAGCACUGAUUAUAUUAAGAUUUUUCAUUGUAAUAAAGAGAGUAUGGUUCCAGCAAGGAGAUCCGCUAUUUCAAUGGUAACCAUGAAUGAACUUCAUCAAGAAAAGUAAGGGUUAUGCCACCUCUCAAGGCCUUAGGCUCAAUUAUUUUUGAUUAGCUAAAUAGAUUUCACUAAUGUUGGGGUAAUCCCAUAUUCAAGGAGUAUAACAAGAAGCAGAGAAACAUAGACCAAAACAUGGUUCUCUCAAAAAGUCACAGAAGUCCCACACAUAUAUACCAACUGGAAUCUCUCUGAGUGCAUCAAAAAAUAAUUAAGAAACUAGAGAGACAAGACUACUCCUCACAUGUACAAAAGCACUCUCGAUUUUUUGAAAGCUCUCUUAUUCUUCUCCCUCCAUAGAACUGACAUAAGAGCUAGUGGGGCUAUAUCCCAUGCCUCUAGUCUUCUUUUCUUUUGAAAUUUUAGCAAUUUAAUGCCUCCUUUACUCUACUCGGUGUAAUUCACUGUAUUAUAAACCAAUACAGAUUCUCCCACCGCAGAUGGGUAGCUACUCGAUAAUGUAAUUAGAGGCCGUCGAUAUCUACUCCUGAACAUCUACACAUUUAGCACCAGUUAACAUGUGUCAUCCUUUUCCUCAA